AUGCAGAUAUCUUCAGCAGAAGCAGUGGUGACCUUAACAUCGUCGGGCAACUCGUUGCUUCAGGGUCUCCUGCGAUUCACGAGGAACAAGCCUCUCGGCGCAAUUAUGGGGAUCAUCAUCGUCCUAGUUGUGCUGAUGUCGGUUUUCGCCGAUGUCAUAUCGCCGUACCAUCCUCUCGAUACCAACCCUAUAAUGGCCAGAGAACCCCCAGACCGGGAGCACUGGAUGGGGUACGAUGAAGUUGGCCGCGACGUUCUAAGCCGCGUUAUUUUCGGUUCAAGGAUCUCGCUAAUAGUCGGUAUCACCUCGGUUGUGUUCGGUACGGUCUUAGGAUCGGUGUGGGGCCUGGCGAGUGGCUAUCUGGGCGGCAAGUUCGACCUCAUCACCCAGCGCGCCGUAGAGGUGUGGAUGAGUUUCCCCAGCCUGGUACUCGCACUUUCGCUACUGGUGGUCCUGGGAGCAGGUCUGCAUACGGUGAUCAUCGCGGUCGCGUUCACCAGAGUACCGUACGGCGUCCGCGUAAUCAGGUCUGUAUCAAUCGCGGUCAAGGAAUUCAUGUACGUCGACGCCGCUCGCUCCAUCGGCGCGUCCGAGAUGCGAGUGAUGCUGCGCCACGUGCUGCCGAACUGUGUCGCGCCGUUCCUGAUUAUCAUGACGGCGCACAUAGGCACGGCGAUCAUAGUCGAGGCGUCGCUUGGGUUCCUGGGCAUCGGCAUACCGCCGCCGACGGCGUCGUGGGGUCAACAUGCUGGGCAGCGCGGUGGGACAGGCGAUCAAUCCCCACUGGUGGCGCAUCGUGUAUCCGGGCGUGGCAAUUGUGAUUACCGUGCUCAGCUUCAACAUAUUCGGUGA